AUGUCCCAUCACAAAGGCACCAUCUUGGUGACGGGCGCGAAUGGCGGAUUUGUAUGUGCAAUCGCCUCUCGGAUUACCUCGAGCCCUGAACUCCGAGCCUAUCAUGGCUUGUUUGCUGUGCGGAACAUCGAGUCUGCGACUGCACUCCAUGCUACGCUCAAGUCAUCCCCAUCAACAUCGGAGCACUUCGUUUCCCACGAAGCAAUGUCACUUGAUCUAUCGCGGCUUAGCAGCGUGCGCGAGUUCGCCGCAGCCGUCAAUGCGCGUGUCGAAGUGGGAACUCUCCCUGCCAUAAGCGCCAUUAUCCUCAAUGCGGGCUACGAAGAGUUCGGAGAGCAGACCUGGACGGAGGACAAAUUCGACACAUCUUUUGCCGUCAACUAUCUCGGUCAUUGGUUACUCACCCCUCUGCUCCUCCAGAGUAUGGAUCGUGAGAACGGCAGGAUUGUUUGGAUUAGUAGCUGGGCCCAAGAUCCCGAACACAAAAACAACGUUUGGAAUGGAUCAUUCAAGUAUGAACGAUACAAGACGAUGAUUGCCGAGGACCUUGAGCCGCUUGCGAAGGGUCUUUGGAGCCCAAACAACAACAACGAAGAGGCCUGGGCUGCAGGUUACCGUCGCUACGGCGCUUCUAAGAUGUGUGGUAUCGCAAUGAUCCAUGAGCUCCAGAGACGGCUUGAUCAGGAUCCUGCUCUCAGCAACAUCUCAGUGCUCGCCGUGGAUCCCGGCGCCAUGGCCACCGGCAUCGUCCGCCACAGCACCUGGUUCGUCCGAGUCUUAGUAUUCCGAGUAUUCGCAGGCAUUCUAGCUAGGUUCUUGUUACUUCUAUACCCUAACGGUACCUGGCGCACUCCACAGAAGUCUGCUCGCGAUGUUCUUGCCGCUGCUUUCGACUGUGGCCCGCCCCCACUCACCGAGCGACCCAAAGGUACAGACCUGAACGGCUCGGAGCCUGGUGAUUACAACUCCGAGGCAAAGGAUCCCAAGAAGGGAAAGGUGAUUUGGGAAGGCAGUCUUCGGCUCACACGGCUGCAAAGAGGUGAGACCAUCCUCCGGCACUGGCAGUGA